AUGAGAAAGAAAAAAAGGAGCAGCGAGGGGAAGGUGUGGACGGAUGCACUGAACAACCUGGAGGAGGUGCAUCAGAACAAGUACAGCCUAACGAAGGACACACUUCACGAAAGAGCUCGACCCGAACCAGAAAUCAUAGAACACGUAUUAGAAGAACUAGAAAAUAAAAUAAGGUUCUAUUUUAAGCUAUACAAAAUAGAAAAAGAAAAAAGAACCGAUUGUGAGAAGAAAAAUUAUUAUUUGCAUGCACAGUUGAACGAGACUUACACGACAUUGCAGAAGAACAAACUCUACACGGAUAAGUUAGAAAGCAAGUUGGAAAACAUUAAAGAGAAUCAGAGCUCGUUAAUAGACACAGUUAGACGUAUUGAUCUUUUAUACAUACAGCUAGACACCCUGGUACAGUCGUUCUCUGGUGUUUGCACACAAGUAGCAGCGGAGGUCAAUGCCUACGGGAUCAACACGAACAGUAAGAGGAACACCAUCAAGACAUUACUGGAUUAUAUCUACCCAUGUAGAACUCUUGACCCUCGCAUUAAUUCACUCUACGGAGUGUUGUAUUAUGGAUCCAUUGGGUUACUGAAGGAUGGAAAAUUUAUCAGUCCUCCAGUUCCUCCUAUUCCUCCGGUGGUGCCGUCUGAAGGGGACGGCUGGCUACCCCCCUCGAGGUAUGCCCCCCACAAUGAGGUUGUCCCGACCGAUUCUCACCAAAGGAGCAGUCACUUGGAUGCUCAGACCCGGGGUGGAAGCAUCUCAGAUUCGAUGCAGCGAAGUGGAAGUGCCUUCAACAGGGAAAUCUCCAAGGAAAACUAUGCCGAUGACGCGCUCUUCUCCAGGUAUGUCCAGGAAGAACAAAGCAAACAGGUAAGAAGCGAGCAUGAUAUGAAUAGGCCAAGUUACAGCCAACUUAUCCCUCAGGACUUACAAGGAUUCUGUAUCAAAAUUGGAUUCCUAGAAAUUAGCUACAAGAAGGAAAACGCAAGAAUUAUCUGCGUCGUCCGAUACGACAGUGAGACGACUACCUCUGCAAUUCAGAACACGAAGAGAGUAACCAAACCAAGGGACAUGAAUGGACGUGGAAAUGGAGGCAAAUAUAUUUUUAACAUAGACUACACAAUAAAUUUAACUUCAUUGCCACAAAAAGACACAGGACACAUCCCCAGUUUUAUGAUAGAUGUACACGACGUGAAUGGGAAGGCACUCAUUGGCACAUCUAUGUGUUCUUUCAUUAGUGAGAAAACUCUAGUGAGAGACGCAUCAUGGGAUAUUUAUUCAAGGGUUGCAAAUUCCAAACCGGAGAUAAUAGGAAAAAUGCAUGUGUCUGUGUUUCCUUCUCCGGAGGAUUCGUUCCUUCCAGCUGAAAUGUUUAGGAAAGCCAGGCAGCAGUCGAUGGUGGAUGCUCCGUAUGGGGAAGGCAAUCCAAACGAUGCUCCCUCCGGGGAGGAUCGGAAGGUGGAGAGCAGCGCCAAAGUGACCUUUCAGAAGAGCGCCCUUCUGAGCAAGGUUAUCGAGGAAAGGGAUCCACCGUCACAGAUGCAUGUGAAGCCGCAGGAACAGCCUCCUGUGCAGUCGAAUGUGAAACCGCUGUCUGCUAAGAAUGCAGGAAAGGGGACGACCCUCCUUCAGAGGGGAAAUAAGGUCACCUUCAAGCCGUACACCCCGAAGAAUGGCGACUCGGCCCCCACGGCGGACGCCAACAAGUCCAGCUCCGAUGUGAAGGGAAGCACUCUCCAGAAGGAAGACUCCAAACGGAUCAGCCUCAAUCGAAAGAAUGAAGACAGUAACAACAAGAGCGUCACCCCGGUUGGCAGUCAGAAUAAUCAGGAGGGAGAAAAGAACAGCACCGUUUCCCUAGUUCAGAGUCGAAUAAAAAAUCUAGCGAAACGGUUCGAGUCUAAGAAUGGGGAGGAUGGCAGCAGUGCUUCCACAACCCCCGCUGAGGGGAGUGUCAGCAAGCUGGGAGGUCCUUUGAAGAAAGGUCUACCUGUCUCGAGCAGUAAGGGAGCUAGUGUCCCCGAGGCGAAAAAGGGGGAACCACAGGGAGAGCAAAAGGCCCAACAAACGGUCAAACAAACGGUCGAACAGACGGUCGAAAAAACGGCAGAGCAAGCAGCUGCCAAAACGACAGAACAAAAGGACGCGUUAGAGAAGGGUCCAGUCGGCUUGAAGAAGAUCUCCCCACUGGGGAAGGACGGAAUCAUGAAGAUUAAGUUGCCUUUGCCGGGAAAGAAAAAUUUCGCAAAGAAAGCGGACCCGGUAACCUCUGCAAAAGGUGACACAGCAGCACUAGCAAAAAAUGACCCAGUAACCUCUACAAAAAAUGACCCCUUAGACGCAGCAAAAAGUGACGCCGGACCCCCUGCAAAGAGCGACCCCACAGACGAAGCAAAAAAGGACAGCAACCUGAAGGACAACAACGUCGCCAGUAAGGCGAUAAAACCAGUUCUGAAAAUAAAAGUAGAACCCAAAAAAGAGAACCUAAACAAGCUGUUAAAAAAAAUGUCUCUGAAGAUACCCGUUGCAUCUAAAGAGCAAGAAGACAAAGGUUCUGAUGCUGCGAAGAAGGGCACCCCCAGUGAGAAGCAGACGGCGACAACCGCUCCAACUGCUCCAACUCCUACAACGGCUACAACUGCUGAUCCGCCCAAAGAAGAAUCCGAACUGACACAAACGGAAAAACGUUUGGAGAAAAAAUUAUCGAUUAAGAAUAAAGUUCUUUCCCUUUUGAAGAUAAAGCCAGUGGGGGCCCCUUCGGCAAUUUUGAAGAAGCCGGUUCCCAAGCCGGUGUCUGCUGCGCCAGCGGAGGUGGAAUCACAGUCCAGCACAGACGGACCCGAACUGAAGAACCUACUCGAAAAGGCGAAAAAAAACGCCAUCUUCAUCGACAAGAAUAAAGUCAACGUGAAAAUAAACAAGAAGGUUGAAGUGAAAAGGGAAAUAAAAAAGUUCGUGCCGAAGGUUAAGAACGUGGGCUGA